UAGUAAUAAAUUUCGCCUCACAUGUGCAUAGAGACAAACCUUUUUCAGACAUUACUUUUCUCCAUUUUGUUUUAUUUUAUUUUAUUUUUCUGAUUUUCUCCACUCUCCCCUCCCAGGGAAAAAACUGACCUGUUGUUUCAUUUUCAAAUUUGUUCUCUCUAUUUUCUCCUUUUUCUCUCUCUUGGCGUUUGGUUUUUCAGCGGUUUUCGGUGGUUCAUCUCUCACUGUCUCUGCGGAUUUCCGGCUCCGAUUACCUGGCUGCAGAUGUGGCCUGUCGGUGUUCGAGAUUGAUGCAACCUCCAUUCUGAAGCCAAAGUUAGUGAUUGAAUAACAUAAAAAGAUGCCAAAACACCGCUUCAGGGAAAGAAUAAAGUCUUACUUUGGGAGUCAUAUUGAUCAUGAAAAAGAUGAGGAGCUGAGAGGAGCUAAAGAAACUGUUGAAGACAAAGUUCAGAAAAUCUUAAGCCUUCUGAAAGAAGAGGAUGGCAGAGAUGGAAAAGAACCGCUGGUUGAUUUAGUUAGGGAUUUCCACACCCAUUACCAAUCCCUUUACCAUCGCUAUGAUAGUCUUACAGGAUAUAUUAGAAAUAAGGCACAUGAAAAAAAGAACAUGCAGGAAAACUCUUUUUCUUCUAGCUCUGAUUCUGAUUCAGGUUGCGAUGAUUCUUCUCAUGGUAAAAAGGACAGUAAAAAUGUAGAACUGGAAAUUGCAAAUAUAGAAGUUGCUGAGUUGAAGACGAAGUUGACAUCUGCCAUGGAAGAAAAGGAAGUACUGCAAUUGGAAUACCAACAAGCUUUGAACAGAUUGCAAGAAGCGGAGAGAACCAUUAUAGAAAUAACCGAUACUGUUGAAAAACAGGAGGGAGAGAGAUUAAAAGUCGUGGAGGAUAAUGCAGAUCUCAGCUUACAGUUGGAGAAAGCUUGCAAACUAGAAGCCGAACUAAACCAGAAGCUAGAGGAAAUAAAACAAGAGAGAGCUGGCAUUAUUUUUGGCUUUGAAGAGGGGAAGAGAACUAUUGAGGAUUUAAAGAAUGUCAUUCUUCAGUUAAAGGACGAAAAAGAAACCAUACAAGGGGAAUUUUCUAUGCUGCAGCAGAAACUUGACACCUCUGAAAGAGAAAUAACUCAGCUAAAUCAGGCACAAAGGAUAGCAGAAGAAGAAAACCGGUCUCUAUUCUUGAAAAUCGCAGAUUUAAAGGAAACAUUGUCUGCAAAAGAGAAGGAUCAUUCAGUUCACAAGGAGAUGCUGGAGUCUCAAUAUAUCGAAGCUUCUUCCCGAUUUAAAAGCUUAGAAGCACACAUCAAGGAAAUAGAAAGAGAGAGGGAUGAGUUUGUUGCACUGAUGAAGAACCAGGAGGAAAAGGAGAGGGAUUCGUCAUCUCAAAUAGAGGUUCUGACAACAAAGACUACCAAUUUGCAGCUUGAGAUUGAAUUUUUGCAUACACAGAAAGCAGAGCUGGAGGAAAUACUGGCGAAUAAAUCUCGUGAAAUUUCUGAGUUCUCAACUCAGAUAGAAAGGUUAAAGGAGGAUUUAGAAAAUAAAAAUGCAGAUUGCCAGAGAAUGCUUGACGAGAAGGAGAAUCAUCAUUUAAUGAUGAAAAAGGACAGAGAACUGGAACUCGACUCAAUAAGAAAUCAAAAAAAUGGACUUGAAGAGCAGCUAAGGGGUAAAAUCCAGGAGGUUGUUUGUUUGCAGGGUGAAAAGGUUGAGAUGCAAGAUAAAAUUUAUGAGUUAGAAGGAGCAGUAACAGUCAAAGAGCAUGAACUGUCCUUUUUACGCAAGCAAUCUGAAGACAGAGAAUGUGAAGCAUCUUCUCAGAUCACAUCAUUGACGGUUCAGGUGACCGAUCUGCAAGAACAAUUAGACACUUCCAAUGCUCAAAAAUGUGAAUCAGAGGCCUUAUACCUGAUUGAUAUUGAAAAACUUAAAGGGGAGUUAGAGAGUAAAAGUCUAGAUGUACAGAGAUUGCUAGAUGAGAAAGAUGGUUUGGUAGUUCGGGUAAAUGACCUUGAAGAGGAAAUGAAGUUUCAAGGUGAACAGUUUCACAAAUUGGAAGAGCAGAUGAGGGGGGAGGAAGCUAGUUUUCAAAGUAGAGCAACUGAGAUGGAAAAAACACUAAACGAGAAAGAGGUUGAAAUCCUUUCCCUACAAAAGAAGUUGGAGGAUGUACAGGUUGGAGAUGACACCCACAUUUCUUAUCUGACAGAAGAAAUAGACAAAUUAAAAAAUGAGGCGGACAUCAUUGAGGCCGAUAGAGCUAAGUUGGAGAUACAAUUGGAAAAUCAGAAGACCGAAUCAGCACAGAAAAUUGCUGAUCUGGAAAGAAAGAUCAAAGAGCAAGAAGAUGCAUUGCAAAAAUUGAUCGAAGAGCACAGACAACUCGAAAUUGUUCUCCAGGAGAGCAAGAUGAGUCUUGAAGUUGCAGAGAUGAAAAUAGGAGACGUGACAGAAGAGUUUCAGAAGAAUCUCAAUUCCAAAGACCAGAAAAUCGAGGAAAUGGAGGAGGAAAUUGAAGAUCUGAAGAGAGAUCUGGAAAUGAAAGGAGAUGAACUAGGUAGUGUGGUGGAGAAUAUGCGUACAAUCGAAGUGAAGCUUCGUUUGACCAACCAGAAGCUUCGGGUGACUGAACAGUUACUCAGUGAAAAAGAAGAUGACCACAGCGUAAAAGCAGAGAAGUUAUUGCAAAAUCAAACAAAUCUUGGGGAACAGAUCUCAUCCUUGUCAAGAACCGUAACAGCAUACAAAGAAACUCAGCAGAAGAUAACGGCAGAUGUAUCAGACACAGUGAAUGAAACACUCUCUGGAAUGGACAUGUUUAGCAUGAAGUUUGAGGAAGACUGGGGACACAUAGAAUCUCGCAUCUAUGAAAUUUUGAAUGAGCUUAAGGUAACUAAGAACUUGAUCAAGGAAACGAGCCACGAGAAGGAGAAUCUAAAGAAGGAAAACGGAAGUCUUCUUCAGCAACUGAGAAACAAAGAAGAAAGUGAAUCAGUGUUGAAAGAGAAGGUUAGGACAUUAUACAAACUUGAAGAGAACUUCGAAGCACUACAAAAAACAGUUGACGAGAAGGAUAAAAAAAUGGGAGAAUUGGAAAGGACAAUGGGUGAAAAAGAUAAAGGGAUCACAGAUAUAGGUGAGGAGAAGAGAGAGGUGAUAAGGCAAUUGUGUAUCUGGAUUGACUACCACCGUAGUCGAUAUGAUCAUCUCAAGGAGACAUUCUCAAAGAUGAACAGUCGACGAUUAUCCAGUUGACUCGUGUAAGAAUGCAAGGUAGAUACGUACCCUUUCCUCAGUGUUUUAGUUUGUUUUUCUUCAUUUGAUAGUUUUCCCCUUUCUCUCGGUCUUUAUUAGGCGGAAAGAACCUUUUAUAUACAUUCAUCUUAUUUCUGUGCAUCAUUCUUUUGGGUGUGUAUACUGUUGUAAUUGAGUUGGUUUGCCUGUAUUUAUUCUUUUAUUUCAAAACUUGUGAAUCUGUUUGGCUGUGAUUAGCCUGAUGAUAUUAAACUUGAUUAUGGUAAUAUCAACUGUUU